GCCCACCUGUGCCCAGCAGAUCACCCACCUGUGCCCAGCAGUGCACCUACCUGUGCCCAGCAGUGCACCCACCUGUUGCCACCUACCUGUGCCCAGAAGUGCCACCCACCUGUGCCCACCAGUGCCACCCACCUGUGCCCACACCUGUGCCCACCCACCAGUACUGCCCACCAGUGCCACCCACCAGUGCAGUCCAGCAGUGCUGCCAGUCAGUGCCACCAGUCAGUGCCCAGGGGUUGUGCCAGUCAGUGCUGCCAGUCAGUGCCCAGCAGUGAUGCCAGUCAGUGCCGUCUAUCAGUACCCAUCAUCAGUGUCACCUAUCAGUGCCGCCUAUCAGUG